GGCGACAUGAACCAAAAGCAGUAUGUCUUGUAUAGAGACUGCAAAUUUUCUGUGGAGUCGAGAUACAAGAUUGAGAAAGUACUAGGUAAAGGGUCUUACGGGACGGUGUGUUCAGCUAUUGAUAGUAAUAGUGAAGAGAAGCUUAGGGUUGCGAUUAAGAAGGUGUCUAGGAUUUUUGAGAGAGACGUGCUAUUGAAACGGGCGAUCCGGGAGUUGAAGUUGAUGAGACACUUUAAAGGGCAUAAAAACAUUGUAAAUUUGAUUGAUAUUGAUAUUGUGUAUACUACUCCAUACGACGGGUUGUACUGUAUGCAAGAGAUGGCCGAUUAUGAUUUAUCUAAGGUAAUUUAUUCGUCCAGUCAAUUUUCUGAAUUUCAUAUUAAAAACUUCAUGUAUCAAAUGUUAUGUGGAUUGAAGUACAUUCAUUCGGCAGAUGUUAUUCAUCGAGACUUGAAGCCGGGGAAUAUUUUGGUGACGGUUCACGGGGUAUUAAAGAUCUGUGAUUUUGGAUUAGCAAGAGGAAUAAAUAUAAAUUAUUAUCAAAAGAAAAAAUUUCCACAACCAAUAACCAAUUAUGUGGCCACUAGAUGGUAUAGAGCACCCGAGUUAAUGUUAUCGAGUAAAAAUUAUGGGAAAGCGGUUGAUUUAUGGGCCGUAGGAUGCAUUUUAUGUGAGUUUUACGGAAGAAAACCAUUGUUUGUUGGGAAAGAUCAGAUGCACCAAAUAAACGAAAUAUUGAAAGUUUUAGGAACUCCCAAUCGAGAAAUUAUUAACAAGUAUGGAUGGAGAUACUUAAAUACCAGAACAAGGUAUGAGAAAAUCGAAUUUGAUAAAAUCUACCCAUUUGCAAGUGGGUAUCUGAUUCAUAUGAUUGAUAAUCUAUUAUGCUGGGAUCCCUAUGAAAGACUAGAUGUAAAUGAAGCACUUAAUCAUCCAUUUUUAAAACAAGUUAAAUCUCAAUUCCAAGAAUCAGUUUGUUCUAAACCUUUUGAUUUCAAUUUUGAAAACGAAGCAAUUACCCAAUCUGAUUUGAAAAAAGUCUUGCAACAAGAAGUUGAUUCGUUUAAACUUGAAAGAUUUAGAAAAUAGCUUAAAUACGUAUUUGUCAAUUGAAAGUAGUACUCCACAUCCGUACCAUUUCCACGUGCAAUCGUCUUAGCCGUACAUCAGAUCUGUUUAAGCUUUGUCCACUUACCUAAAGGUAUUAAGGAGAAAAUUGGAUAAGCAUAGUUAUUAGGUAUUAAGAAAAUAAAGUAAGUUUAGGUAUUAAGUAGAGUAUUCUACAUUUGUAGUCUACGUACCG